GGGGGCGCGGCUUCUGCUUUGGUUUUGGUUUUGUUUAAAUUUCCCGCCGGUGAGGGUGAUUGGCUCCUGGUUGUGCAAUCGACUGAAAAAAAAGAUUUAAAGGGCUGCUGGCUACUUCCUCUGCUCAGGAAAGUGCGGCGGGGCCAUGGCCACCGGGGACCUGGCCGGGAGCUUCCAGGACGAAGUGACUUGUUCCAUCUGCCUGGAGCAUUUCACAGACCCGGUGACCAUUGAGUGUGGCACAACUUCUGCCGGGCCUGCCUCAGCCAGUGCUGGGGGGAGCGGGAGCCAAACUUCUCCUGCCCCCAGUGAAGAGAAACCGCCCUGCAGAGAGACCUGCGUCCCCACGGGCAGCUGGGGAACCUGGCGGACGCCUGAGGCUGCAGGCGGGGCCAGAGCCCGAGGGGCAGAGAGUGGGUGACAGGCACCAGGAGGCUCUGAAACUCUCCUGCGAGGAGGAUCAACCCCCCCUUUGCUUGGUGUGUGACCGAUCCUGGGCGCACCGCACUCGCACGGUGGUUCCCAUGGAGGAGGCUGCCCAGGAGCACAGGGAGCAAAUCCUGAGCCGCCGGCAGCAUCUGUGGGAGGAGACAGAAGAGCUCCUGGGCCUGAAAUCCGACUGGGACAAGGAGAGGGAGAGGCUCCUGAGGCAGACGGAAGUGGAGCGGCCGCUGGCGGUGUCCAAGUGCGAGGGGCUGCGCCAGUUUCUGGCUGAACCGGAGCGCCUCCUCCUGGCCCGGCUGGGAGAGCUGGACGAGGAGAUUGGGAGGAGGAGGGAGGAAAAUGCCACCCACCUGGGUGAGGAGAUUUCCCGGCUCAGCGCCCUGAUCACAGAGCUGGAGGGGAAGCGUCAGCAGCCGGUGCUGGAAUUGCUGCAGGGUGUCAGAAGUGCUGUGAGCAGAUACAUCCGGGCUCCGUCUGCCCCGACGCCUCGUGCUGGGAAAAGACUCAGGGUCGGAGGUGGGAAGCCAGAGUCCGGCAGCGUGGGACAGCUGCUGCUCUGA